AUGGCAGUAAAUUUUCAACUUAAAGCCGUUGGUUUUGUUUCCCUGGUCAUAAUUGGCAUUCCUGCCAAUGUUUUACUUUUUCUGAGAUUUGUGCAAAUUGGGCGUGUAGAGAAAACUCUCUUACCAACCAACAUAGUAAGGAUGGCACUAUCAUUAGCGAAUCUCUUAGUUCUACUUUCCCGUGUGCUACUACAAGCUUUGUACUCCAUAGGGUUAAAAAAUGUACUCAAUGACCAACAGUGCAAAUUAUUUAUUUUUGUCUUCAGAGUAAGCAGAGCCAUGUCCAUUUGUAUAACCAGUUUCCUUAGCUGUCACCAAUGUAUAAUUAUUGCUCCGGCCACAGGAAAAUGGAAAUGGCUCAAACAAAUUAUCAGUCGUCAUGUUUCACUAAUAAUUGCAUUGUUUUUGGCAAUGAAUAUGGCUCUUUAUCCUUCUGCAGUUCUGUUUGGAAGGGCGACAACCAAUGAAACACUAUCACCGUACUCACUGCAUUUAGUAUAUUGUGAUAUGGACUUUAUGAGUUAUGCAUCUUACAUAAUAAACGGUUUGGUAUCUGUAAUACGAGAAAUUAUAUUUGUUGGACUUAUGACUCUUUCCAGUAUGUACAUUCUGUAUAUUCUGUACCGCCAUGGGAAAUCAAUGAAAGGCAAGCGCAGUUCUGACAAGGGCCAACGGAAGACAGUUGAAUACAAGGCCUCGCAAUCUGUUGUCUUAUUGGUUGUAAUGUAUAUGGCCUUGUUUGGCAUGGAUAACGCUGUUUGGAUCUACACUCUGACAAUGGCCAAUGUGAAUGCGGAUGUGAGUGACACUAGAUUGUUCCUUGCUGCGUCCUUCGCUGUCCUGAGUCCUAUUCAUAUCUUUGCAACCACACCUAAGUUGCACUUGUUAUUAAAAAAUCCUUGGAGAAAGAAAACUGUAGAGAUGCAAAUUAGCAUUUCACUUGAGAAAGGAAAUACUGUAUACAGUUUACAAUAG